AUGGCGACCGCGACCGCAGACGAUCGAUACGUCGACGCGUCGAGCCGCGCGAUGCGACGCUCGAACAGUCUCGAGGCGGUCGCCGCGUGGGACGACAGCCAGGCGACGCGAGGGCACGAGAUCCGCGAGCACACCGAUCCCGCGUUCACGCGGUUCUUCGAGAGCCAUCCCACCCCCGCGAGACGAGCCGAUGGCGAGCGCGACCGCGACGUCGGCCCCGCGUCCUCGCCGAAGGUAUCGACCCUCGCGGUGAAGCUGAAAGAGUCUCAGGCGGAGCUCGCGAAGACGACGAGCGAACUCGACGCGGCGAAGGCGCGAAACAAGCUCAUGGAGGAGCACAUCGAGACGAUCACGCACCGCGAAGACAUCGUGAACGCGAACGUGACGCUCGUCGCGCUCUUCGUCGCGCUCGCGCUCGCGCUCGCGCUCGCGCUCACGCUCGCGGCGGCUUUGUUCUUCGAACCCGUCGGGCUGCCGAUCGCGCGGACGAUGGCGCGCAGGUGGGGAGACGCGUGCGGAUGCGACGAUAAGUGUAAAGCGUCUACGCUAGGCGGGUUCAUGGGUUGGCGGGGCUAA